CAAUGAUAUCAUUGUUCAACGGUCGCGAGGUUCAGCCAAUGAACAUGCACCGACGCAUCGCAUCAUCACCAACCAUGGUUCAGGCAAUCAUCAGGCGUGUGCCCCUCGCAGUGGUGCUGGUGGUACUGGUGCUCUUGCAGACCGCUUUCUUGCUGGUUUGCCGCGGUCAAGAAGUGAGCAGAAACACGUUCGAGAUCAUCGAGUACGACACGCCAUAUCCACAUCCAUCACAACUAUGGCAAGCGACGUUGCUGCGACACCCCACGCCAGAAGACAGCGACAUCCCCGACGCCGAGAUUGGCACCAUGAUGCGCGUUCGCACAGCCCCGCAUGGAAAGCGCACGGAGGAAGUGGUGGUGCUGUUUGGCGGCGAAACCUUGGGUCUCUCCUCCGGCAAUGUCACCCUGAACACCGACACCUGGCUUUACCGCACCUAUCAACCACAGUACUGGCUGCGAUGCAAUCCCGAGGUGGUGCCACAGCCUCGCCUCGGACACAACAUGUUCAGGCUGCCUGCCAGCGACAUUGAGGACGCUGCAUACCUUUUUGGUGGCACAGACCGCCAUGAGUACUUUAACGACAUCUGGACACUGCGGCUGUCGGGGAUGACUUGCACGUGGACACAGCUCCACCCCAGCAACCAAGGACCAUCACCCCGCACCUUUGCAGCAUCAACGCACGUCAAAGUCGGCAACCACUAUCUCAUGCUGAUUUGGGGCGGGUGUGUGUUGCUUGAGCCUGAUAGCACCAAUCGCUGCAAGACGGGGGUCGCCGAUAGCGACACCAUCCACAUGCUCAACAUGACCUCGCUGCAAUGGGACCGCAUUACGCUGGCGCAUCACACCAUUGUCAGCCCGCGCACGCUGUCUGUGCUGGCGCGCUUUGAAGACCACCCGGAGACGGUGUACCUGUUUGGUGGGACCACCAUUGGCCGCAGCGAGGCAAACUGCGACCUGUACCGCAUCGACAUCGACUACACCGCGCGCGCGGGGGAUGUGCAGCGUGUGUGGAGCAACGACAUGUGUGCAAACGAGUACAAGUGGUUGCAGUUUGAGGCGCGGUUUGCGGUCAUUUCCGUGGAGGAUUCGUUCUUCUUCCUCGGCGCAGCCACCACGGAGCUUGCGCACGGCACGCUUGCCUCGCUCGCGUUCCGCCCGCGCGACAAUUUCACGACGACGGUGGCCAGCGAUGUCAUGGCCGAGCGGUUCUGGCCAGUCUCCUUUGGGCACCUCGACGUGGCACCGGGGUCUUUUGCCUUUGCCAGCCCGAGCGAGCGCGGGUUUGGGUUUGCAGUCGGCCUGAUGCAAGACCAGUUCUCCGGCACGGGCGCCAUUCUGUGGCAGUACAGCCCCUUUUGGCGAAACGACAAGCCGUAUCUGCAGUGGCACCCGGAGCUCGUGUUCAAGCGGCCCUUCCCGCGCAGGGGGCACACGGCAAGCACGCCCUCCGUGGGCACAGGCAUGUUCACGUUUGGCGGCAUUCUUGGCCGUGUCACCUCGUACCUGUGGACACUGGGCCCACUCGAAGGGGGUGUGGCGGAGUGGCGGUACGUGUGGACCCCCAAGAACAUUCCCCCGCGCUACGGCCACGCCAUGCUGCCGCUGGGAGACGGCCACCGCCUGGUGCUGGGCGGCUGGGACGCAGCCCUCAACUGCCACGCCGACGCGUGGCUGCUGUGGGUGGACAUGUCCAGGGAGACGCACGCGUUCAACGCCACGCGCGUGGGGAUCUCAACACCGGGGAACCAACCGGCGUGGGCCGGCGCUGGCGGCAUGGCGUACUCGUGCCCCAUCGCCACCCCCGAGCACACGCGGUGCUUCCUGUUUGGCGGCGCCUGUCGUGACAGCACCAGCAACAACCUUUACCAGCUUGAUUACCGGCCCAACCCAAAGCCGUCAUCACCGACACCAGCACCGUCGUCAUCGUCUGCAGGGGCAGUGGCCAUGCCAGAAUUGCUGCUGACAAUGGUGGACGGAGGCGGUGAGGUGCCAACGAGCAGGGCAGGGGACAACAGCACGAGUACUGGUGGCGGUGAUGGUGAUACUGCAGCAGGUGGUAUCGUCAGUGGAGGUGGAGAUGUUGGUGGUGGUGAUGGCGAUGAUGGUGACACACAUCGCCCGCUGCCACGACAGGAUGCGUUUCUGUUCAGUGGGGACGGCGAGAUAGUGACGCUGUUUGGCGGGCUGGCAGUCCAGCUUGCCCCAGGCCAGCGCACCCUUGGCGAUGUGUGGGAGUACAGCGUAGCGGAGGGCAAGUGGAGCCAGCUGUAUGCAGGCUACCCAAACACCAACAUAAGCAGCACCAGUAGCAGCACCAGUGGCAGCAACAGCAGUGGCGACAGUGGGGACAGCGCACAGAGAGCAGCAAGUGCAGGCACAGAUGCACAGCCAUCCAAAGCUGGCCACCAUGGUGGCAAAGAAGCAGGGCAAACACGGCAAGCAUCGCCCACACACGCACGUGUGCUGACCCGCGUGCCACCAGCGCGGUACCGCGGGUGCUCGCUGCGCGCUUCUGACUCGAAGUGGCUCAUCUUUGGCGGACGCAACAACACCCCAUAUGGGGACCUGUGGGAGUACGAUGCAGUACAACACGCUUUCACGGAGCUCAAGCUGCAUGCUGGCGACAACGCGCUGAAGGACUACCACGUGCUUCGCUGGGGUGCGGCGUGCGUGAUGCACGAUGACUUGCUGCUGGCGCAUGGCGGGCUGGGGGUGUUUGACCUGUUUGAAUCCACGCUGCGGCUGCGUCCUGCAUGCAACGACCUGCAAGGGCUGCCAGCGGGCACCACCUUCCUCAAUGGCACGUGCCACGUGUGUCCCAUUGGCACUUACUUUGACCACGACGAGCCCACGUGCCAGCGCUGCCCUGAGGGCACGACGACGGAGGAGGCAGGCAGCAAGACCUGCGACGUUUGUGUGCCCGGCUACUGCCGCUUUGGCCACACGUGCGUGAUUGAGAACAGGGCGCCCAAGUGCCACUGCCGCGCCGGGUACUCUGGCGAGCGGUGUCAGCUCAUCAUCCCACUGUAUGUCUCGCUUGGCCUGUUCUUUGGGCUGGGCACGGUUGCGCUGGUGGUGUGGCUGGCGCGGCGACAGCGGCGGGCGCGGCACACGGCGGAGCUGAAAGAGAAGCUUCUGUCGCACGCCACAGACCAGCUGCGGGAGAAGGACAUGGAGCUACAGGAGCUUGCGCGCGUGUUUGUGAUUGACCCGACGGAGCUUGUGCUGAUGGAGGCGUUGGACAAGGACUGCCCUGGGGCGACGGGCGAUGUGUGGAAGGGGCAGUACAAGAACCAGGUGGUGGCGGUGAAGCGGCUCAAGGCCGCGCUGGUGGAGAUGGACGAAAGCAUGAUCGACAUGUUUGAGCGUGAGGUGCGCGUGAUGCGGGGCCUGCGCCACAAGAACAUUGUGCUGUUCUACGGUGCGGGCAUGUUCGAGCAGCAGCCGUUCCUGGUCAUGGAAUACUGCCCACGCGGCUCCCUGCACAGCGUACUUGCAGCAGCAGCAGCAGCAGCAGCAGCAGUUGGGGAAGGAGGAGGGGCAGGACGAGGUAUCGAUGGGCGCACGGGCAGCCUUGAUCGUGGGUGGAAUGUCAUUGCCAGUGCGAGUGGAGACGGCCAUGUGCAUGGCGGUGAUAACAGCAGCAACGACAGCAGCGGCAACGGUGGUAACGGCAGCAGCAGCCAGGACAGGCUGUCGUGGCGUCAGCGGUAUCAGUUUUUGAUUGACACGGCAGAGGGGAUGGCUUAUCUGCACUCGCUGCGGCCGCCUCGCAUCCACCGCGAUCUCAAGAGCAUGAACGUGCUGGUGGCGGAGGACUGGACGUGCCUCAUUGCGGACUUUGGAACCGCAACGCUCCUGCGCCGCAUGCAGCAGGCUGCAACCAGCACCGCCACCGCGGUGGGCGGUGCUGGUGGCGUGUAUGGCGGUGGCGAGCAACACAUUCCUCACAGCAACAACAAUAGUAACAGCAACAGCAGCAGUUGGGGCGGGGUGACGAUGGCAAAUGAAGAGAAGCAGCGCAGUAGCAGUGUUGUUUCGACGGAAUUUGCUGCGUUGCAGACAACAGGCACGGGUACGCUGCAGUGGAGCGCACCAGAGCUGUUGCUUGGCCAGCCAUACACAUCUGCCGUGGACGUGUAUUCGUUUGGCAUUCUCGGGUCGGAGGUGGUCACGUUGCGGUUACCGUUUGUGCACUUGAGACACUCGUGGGACAUUCGCAAGGCCGUGCUCAGUGGCCAGCGACCAGACCUGGGCGACAGCGGUAGUGAUGGCGGUGAUGGCGGUGAUGGCGGCGGCAGUGUUAGUGGUGGUGCCGGUCGUGACGGCAGUGCGUGUCCUGGCGCGUUGGCUCAGCUGCUGCGGGAGUGUUGGAGCGAGGAUCCAAAAGCACGCCCCUCGUUCACUGCCAUCAUCGAUCGGCUCAAGGCUGCACAGGCUCGGCUUCGAUGACCAUGGUGUAGUGACUGUGAUGGUAGAGAUGAUGGUGGGUGAGGGCGUGUAUGUUGUGCAAAACUGACUUUGUGUGUGUGUGUGUGUGUGUGUGUGCGUGUGUGUGUGUGUGUGUGUGUGUGUACGUGCGUGCCUGUUGUUUGAUGACGUAAGAUGGCGAGUGUACUCUUGGUGAAAAUGUAAUCAAUGGUACAACGACGUGCGAGGGGUA